CCGGCCGUAUUAUCUUUAAAAUAGACAUGACGGUUUUUUUCUACAAUCUCUGUAUCCGUCAUGAACACCAUUGAAAGUCAACAGGGGGGGCGGAUCAGUUUUCUAUUGUGUCCGAGAAAAUGGAUCCGGCCCCAUGACUUACAUUGGGAGUCAUGACGGAUCCGUACUCAAAAACGCUGCUUGCUGCGCUUUUGUGUGCGUCAUAGGAACGCAAUAAAACAGAACAAAAUGCAUUCUGGGCACUCCAUUCCCUUCAGUUCAGUUUUGUCCCCAUUGACAGAUCUCAAUAGCAGAAAGGGAAAACGCUGGUGUGAAAGUAGCCUUAUUUGCAUUUUUUGCAUCUCCGAAGAAAUGUAUGGGUCUGCGUGCGAUCUGCAAAAAAUACGGAAUGGGCGCAGACCAAAAAUACAGUCAUGUGAAUGCACCCAUCCACAUUCAGGUUUUUUAAUGCAGUUUUUGAAGCCAAAGUCAAAAGGGGAAUGAAAAGGAGAAGACUCAGUCUCUCCUUUAUAUGUGUCUUCCAUUUAAGAUCCGUUCCUGGCUUUGGCUUCCAAAACUGCAUCAAAAAACCUAAAGGCCUAGCUCUGCCUAAUAGUAGUUCUGCUAUGAAGAAUGCAGCGGCCGAAGCUGUAUCAGACACUACUACUACUAUUCAUUUAUUGACAUUGGAUACAAGCAGGAGCCAGUGGCGAGUAAUCAGACCCUUCCCCUUCUUAGGCCUUGUUCAUAGGGUACAGCCAAACAUAGUGGGGGUCAUUUAUUAAGGGACUUGCGACUAUUUUAGUCCCAUACAAGUCCUUUUUUUGACCGGCAGUGUGAAAAUAUUUUGUCACGCGGCUAGUUUUACGUUAUGUUUGACGGUUGGCCAGGAUGGGGCAGAGCGGGGGCAUGUCAGGAGAUGUGCAGUGUAAGGAGGAAUCUAAGACCAGCGUAAAAAGCUAGUCUUAGUAAAUGACCCCCAGUGAGUCCACUCAGGAUUUUCCACAGCGGAGAUGGCAAAAAAAAACAGCCACUACAAAAACCACCCCAAACGGGCUGUUUUUUGCAGCGGCAUUGCUGACGGCAUUCUUCUGCUUUUAACCUUUGCACCACAAAGGCCAACCUUCAUACUGUGAAUAUAAAACCUUCAGUACAGAAAAACUUUGCUCGGAAGAAUCCACAGCAUUUAUGCCAUGUGUGGCUGUUCCCAUACAAUGCUGGCGUUUGCAUGUGUUUAAGUUGAAACCAGGAUUAAAACAUGUUUCCAUUGCUAAACUGAAUAAAAACCAAAAACCUUACAUUUUUUUAAGGUUUUUAGCAUUAAAUAAAAAGUACAGGGGUAUUAAAGGACAACCUGUUACCAUGAAAAUGCAGUGCAAUCUGCAGGUAGCAUGUUAUAGCGCAGGAGGAGCUGAGCAGAUUGAUAUAUAGUUUGUGGGAAAAACUGAGUGACCUUGGAGGUGACAAUAUCGGGGGUUCCUAACCUGUGCCCCUGAACAUAACAAUCCCCACCCACCUGUCCUGCUGCAGCCAAUCACAGGCCUCAGUGGUCAUGAUCGCUUUAACACUACAUCACAGCAGUAAGCCUAUGUUAGGCCGUAGCAGUUAUGGGACCAAGCCGCUCACUCAUUCCAUGAGGACCAGAUGCAGGGAUUGGACUGCGGACAGUUUAGGGGCACAGGUUAGGGGCUGUCAGCUCCAAAGAUGGACAACCCCUUUAAGUAUAAUCUGCAUUUCAUUCAUUUAAAUUCUUGCUCAGUCCUGGCUUUGAAGUCAAGGAGGCGGUCCUAUCAGUGAUUGACAGCUAUCAUUGUAUACACAGUCAUAGAGGGAAGGACUGUCAAUCACUGAUAGGACCUCCUCCUGGACUUCAAAGCCCAGAAUGAGCACAAAUAUAAAAGUAUAAAUGACAAGUUUUUCUGAAUGUUUUCUCAGUUAUAUAUCAAUCAGCUCAGCUCCUGCCUGCAGAUCAGACACCAUGUUCAACAUGACAGGUUCCCUUUAAUAGUAACAAUCACAACAUGAUACUGCAUACAGUGUCAUUUAUUGACUACUUCUAAGAGUUCCACUUUCAACCUGUGUUUAGUGUACCCCAGAGGUGCGUACCAUGUACUCUCACUGUGCUUUAAAUGAGCAGGCCAGUGUGGGAUCAUAGACUUGGGGUAUGUGCUUUAGGAACACCAUUUUAAGGCCACUUUUACAUGGGCAGUUUUUUCCAUCAGUAUUUCUAAGCCAUAACCAGAAGUGGGUCCAAAACACAGAAGAGGCACACGAUUUUCAUUAUUCUUUUUCUCCGUAGGGUCCCCUCCUUGCUUUGGUUUACAAUUACUGAUCCAAAGACUGACAAUGUGAAAGUGGCCUAAGGUAUAGAUGAAGCCGUUUAAUUCAUCAGCUCGUAUAUACACUCCAAAGACAUACUGAUAGGGACCUUAGAUUGUGAGCCCCAUUGGGGACAGUUGGAUGCUAAUGUCUGUAAAGCGCUGCGGAAUAUAGUAGCGCUAUAUAAGUGCAUAAAAUAAAAUAAUAAUAAUAAUAUAAUGGUUCCUAAUAACCCCCCUGCGACCUUAGCUAUUAAUAAACUCCUUAGCUAUAUCUUGUCUCUUCUGUAGUUUUUGAAUGUCUCCCGUUUCACUCUCUGAUUUCUAGUCUUUCCAAUUCUCAUUUCUUUAUUUCCUCUUACCUGCUCUUCCCUUUCUCUCCCCCCUCUCUCACACAUGCACUUUGUGCAGAGUUGGGGUCCAAAGUUCAGUAACUUGUGAAGCGCAGGGAUAAAUAUGAACCUUGGAGGAUUUACACUGCUCUGAUGUAAACAGAGAGUGACAAGGGUCCCUUAUCUGCUAUGUCUCAGUGAAGACAGUCCGGGGGGUGACCAAUUUCUGGUUGUGGCUGCAGAGCAAGUAUUUUUGGGGGGAGGAGGAGACAGAAGGUGGGUAGAGCAUGGACUCCCGCCUGCUGAUCCCUAUUGCAACCUCAGGAUGGUGAGAUGUUAGCAGGUAACAUUAAGGAUGGCGUCUCAACUUACUUACUUGCAGCAGGAGCUACUACAUGCAUUGCUGGAGUCAGGUGUCACUAAAGAGACUAUUAUGAAAGCUCUAAACGACGGCGGCAAUUAUCAAUAUCCCAGGGAUCCCCUGGACGAUAUGAGUAGUUUGGAAGAUGGGGAACACUGCGUACAACUUCCUAAUGGGCUUGAGGAGCCUCAAAUGUCAGAAGACGACAGUUCUGAGGAUGGGGGGGAUUUCACGCCUCCGGUUAUUAAGGAUUUGGAGAGACUGAGCCCAGAGGAGGCUGCUCAUCAGAAGGCUGUGGUGGAACGUCUGCUCCAGGAAGACCCAUGGCAUGUGGCCAAACUGAUCAAAUCUUACUUACAGCAGCACAAUAUUCCUCAGAGGGAAGUGGUGGACACCACGGGGCUUAACCAGUCACAUUUAUCCCAGCACCUCAACAAGGGUACACCCAUGAAAACUCAAAAGCGGGCAGCCCUAUACACCUGGUAUGUCGGUAAACAGCGAGAAGUUGCAAGGCGCCAAACCAUGAUGUCAGAUGAUAUGUCUUGUGACGAAAUACCAAAUAAGAAAAUGAGAAGAAACCGAUUCAAGUGGGGUCCAGCUUCACAACACAUUCUGUUCCAAGCCUAUGAACGACAGAAGAAUCCAAGCAAAGAGGAACGUGAAGCACUUGUUGAGGAAUGCAACAGGGCAGAGUGUAUACAGAGAGGGGUGUCCCCAUCUCAAGCACAAGGCCUGGGCUCCAACUUGGUGACAGAAGUGCGAGUGUACAACUGGUUUGCAAAUCGGCGCAAGGAAGAAGCAUUUCGACACAAGCUAGCAAUGGACACAUACAAUGGUCAACAGAGCUCUGCACCUUCUCUGUCAGUCCACGAACUCUCUACAGCCAAAGCAACAGGUCUUCGUUAUUCUCAAGACUCCGGCACUGAGCGAGGGAACUCAAUGGUGACCAACCAAAGCAGUAUGUCUCCGUCUGGUAUAGAGCACAGCCACAGUCUCAUGAACAGUGACAAGUUGAUUCCAACAUCAGGGGGCUCCCUUCCACCUGUCAGCACACUGACUGCUCUGCAUAGCCUGGACCACGGACAGCAUACUCUUAGCCAAGCACAAAAUCUAAUUAUGGCUUCGUUACCUAGCGUCAUGACAAUUGGAACAGACGCGGCACUUGGACACGGGUUUAGCAAUUCUGGCCCUUCAACUUUACUCAUAGGUCUUACAUCCCAAUCUCAGAGUGUCCCUGUGAUAAACAGUGUUGGCAGCAGUCUGACCACCUUGCAGCCCGUUCAGUUCUCUCAGCAAAUCCAUCCUUCCCACCAGCAGCCUAUAGUACAACAGGUCCAAGGCCAUAUGUCACAGAAUCCAUUCAUGGCCACAAUGGCUCAGCUCCAGUCUCCACAUGCUUUUUAUGGCCAUAAACCUGAUGUUGCACAGUAUGCAUCUGCUAGCUUCUUUCCACAAACAAUGGUCAUCACUGACACUUCUAACCUGGGAACCUUAACGAGCCUGACCCCCAGCAAACAGAUUCAUUCACUGCACUCUAGUGGACAAGGAGAUUCUCAGCUUCAGAGUCAGGACUCCAACAUCCUCCAUCUCGCUCCCAGCCACCGUCUCUCCCCAAGCUCAACCAGUAAGGAGCAAACCUUGAUGUCUUCAGCAAGCUUGGUACACUACCAGAAUUCCAGUACCCCAGAGAGCCACAGCCACCUCCUAUCCCCUUCACACAACACUCUGGACAAUUAUAUGUCCACACAGAUGGCAUCUUCCUCACAGUGAAGGACCUGCG